AGCAGCCCCUUUGAUUAUUUUGAUGAUGGCAGAGAUGCAGGACCAGCUCGUGUGUCAUGGCUGUAGAAACACAUUGCUCUAUCCUAGAGGAGCUACCAACGUUCGUUGUGCCUUAUGCAACACUGUCAACAUGAUCCCUCAUCAUCCUUCUCCUCAUGGGAUGGACAUGGCUCACAUUGUAUGUGGUGGUUGUCGAACUAUGCUUUAUGUAUACCCGUGGAGCAAGUAGCGUCAGAUGCUCUUGCUGUCAGACUCUCAACCUUGUCCCAGCACCAACACCAUCCAAUCAGUUUGCGCAUAUCAACUGUGGGAACUGUCGGACGACACUCAUGUAUCCGUACGGUGCAUCAUCUGUUAAAUGCGCUGUUUGCCAGUUCGUUACUAACGUUAAUCUGAUGGGCAAUGGAAGGGUGCCUAACAUGCCAAAUGGAGCAGCCUCUCCCGGGACUAUGUUAUCUACAUCCACCCAGUCAAUACCACCGUCUAAGACACAAACCGUUGUUGUAGAAAACCCAAUGUCGGUUAAUGGAAGUGGAAAGUUGGUGAGCAACGUUGUGGUUGGAGUGACAACAUGCAAAAAAUAACCCAAGAAUUGAGUGAUCUGAAAGAGAUCAUAUCAAGCGUUCUGGUUUGUGCAUAUUACAUAUAUAUCUCUUUGACAACUUUUUUAACCCAAGGAAAAGGCUUACUGAGAAUCACUUGUUUGAGUUUUCUUUUGGGGUUUUUUCUUAUCAAAGUUGAUGCACACAAAGGUUUUACAUUUUUUCCAAUGAUCUGGCACUUAUAUUUGUAGAUUUGUACACUCCAUUGGCCAUUUGUGGCAUUGUUAAUGUAUGUAUUAAUAAUAUAAUCUGAUACACCAACCAAACAGUAAUAUUUGGGUUUGAAAAUA